AUGUCGAAGAAAGAACUCGGAAAAAGAUUGAGUGAGUUGAUGGUGAUCAGAAAGGGUCUGUACGUUGUUCGCGACUCUGUAGAAAAAUUUGUGGCACAUUAUAACUACGAAAGAGAUGCGUGUCAGAUUUUUGUUCGAUUGGAAUCAUUGGAUAGGAUGUAUCGUGAAUUUCUGGAAGUGCAAGGUGAGAUUGAGAGAACCGAUGAUUCAGACAAUCUUGAUGAUCAUCUCACAGAACGGGCUGACCUUGAAAUGCGAUACUGUGAAGCCAAAGGUUUUCUGCUGUCGGUUCGAAUGCCUGAUCCAAACCAGACGGUUUUGAAUACGUCAAUGAUCGCUCCUGCGCCGCAUCCAUCCAGCAGUUUUCAUUUAAGGCUGCCAAAGAUAGAUCUCCCUAAAUUCAACGGUGACUUUUCUCGAUGGUUAUCGUUCCGCGAUACGUUUAGCUCAAUGGUCCACAGCAAUGACGAUAUCCCUCAAGUGGCCAAGCUCCAGUAUCUCCUUCAGUCUCUCGUAGGUGAAGCAAGAAAACCGUUCGAAAGUGUCGAUAUCGAAGCUGACAAUUAUGCUUCUGUGUGGGAUGCUCUUUUGAAGAGAUAUGACAACCGUCGCUUCCUUAAAAAACAGCUUUUUCGAACCCUUCAUGAUCUACCACCGAUGAAGAAAGAAUCUGCUCAAGAAUUACACGAGCUCGUCGAUGAAUUUCAACGUCAUGUGAGAGCUCUCGCCAAACUGAACGAACCAAUUGAACAUUGGGAUACUCCACUCGUCAAUAUGCUGUCCUAUAAGCUCGAUCCAGCAACGCUCCGCGCAUGGGAGGAAAGGAGCAGUCAAGAUGAGGAAUCGGCUCAAGCAAAGGUGGCCGGCACCAGCGUCCCUCCGAAGAAAAGUUUUCAUUCACGAAUAGCAGCGAAUGCAGUUGCUUCCGAAGGCAAGUCAUCCGCUCCUUCUUGUCUUGCAUGUUCCGAGAGUCACUAUCUGUUCCAGUGUCCGGCCUUUGCCAAUAUGGCCAUCAACCAACGUCGUGAGUUAAUCUCCCAACGAAAGUUAUGUUGGAAUUGCUUCCGCACUGGUCAUGCGGCUAGAAGUUGCGGAUCAAAGUUCACAUGCCGCAUCUGUCGAGAUCGCCAUCAUACGUUGCUACACGAUUCCAACUCGUCAUCCAAAAGCUCUGUUACUCCAGCAGUGACGUCGACUCCUCCAGCCCAAAAAUCGAAUCCACCCACGUUGCCAAAUGUGGGAAAUGCAGGACCUGCCACUCCCCAAGUGAGUCUGCCGGUCCACUCCUAUUCCAGUACAGUCUUGUUGGAAACAGUUGCACUCCACGUCGUCGACGAUCAAAGGAAAAUCUUCGAAGCCAGAGCGUUAUUGGAUUCCGCCUCGAUGUCAAACUUCAUGUCGAAGAAACUUGCCAAUCUUCUUUCCAAUCGUCAAUCCAAGGUUGAUAUCGAUGUGGUAGGAAUCGGUCAGUCCAUGAGAAAACUGAAGCGGACUGUAACUGCCACCGUACGGUCUCGAAUUCCGCCGUUUUCUACGAAGCUCGAGUUUUUAGUCAUCGAUAAACCUACCACCGAUCUACCUACAAUGCCAGUGCCUACAUCAUCGUGGAAAUUUCCAGAUAUAAAUCUUGCCGAUCCGCAGUUUCACACUCCCAGCCAAGUGGACGUCGUUAUAGGCGGAGAAACAUACUGGGAACUCCAUACUGGCAAAAAGAUGUCCCUUGGACCAGGUCAACCACAAGUUAUCGAAACCCUGUUCGGUUGGACUGUAUCUGGUCCAGCACCGCACAAUUCAUCCAUUGCUUCACCCAGAUGUUUUCUGACUGCCACUGACGACCGGCUCGAGGUCGUUCUUCAACGGUUUUGGGAAAUGGAAACAAUCGUCGAUCAACCUACCCAUUCAACUACAGAAAAACGAUGUGAGGAUUGGUACACAGCAACUACAAUUCGCGAUUCGUCCGGUCGUUACAAAGUUCACCUGCCCAAGGUGGACGAUCCAGAAAUCGUUUUAGGCGAAUCUAGGGCUAUAGCAACACGAAGGUUACUUAGUCUUGAACGCCGAUUAGAGAGAGACACCAACGUGAAGUCAGCAUACCAUCUUUUCAUGGACGAAUAUGAGCGUCUUGGUCACAUGAAGCGACUGAACGAGCCAAUAGAUGACUGCAAGGAACAUUGCUAUUUGCCACAUCAUCCCGUCUUCAAACUUUCCAGCACUACAACGAAAACGAGGGUGGUGUUCGACGCGUCGUGCAAGACGACAUCGGGAUUCUCUUUGAACGACCGAUUACUAGUCGGCCCAGUUGUCCAGCAUGAUCUGUUGUCCUUGAUUAUGCGGUUUCGGAUUCACGCCAUCGCCUUAAUCGCCGACAUUGAAAAAAUGUACCGGCAAGUGCUGAUCCAUCCCGAAGAUCAGCCACUCCAAAGAAUCCUGUGGCGCACAAAUGCUACUGAUCCCAUCGCCACCUACGAACUACAAACAGUCACCUAUGGGACAGCAUCUGCGCCAUACCUAGCAACAAAAACGCUUCAACAGCUAUCACACGAUGCAGGUUACCGGUUUCCCGUCGCCGCAGAACCCGUUAUGGACGACUUCUACGUUGAUGAUUUUUUGUCUGGAGCCGCUGAUGUGAAGACAGCACAGUGUAUUCAACGUGAAGUUUCCUCUAUGCUUGACUCAGCCGGUUUUUCUCUGAAGAAAUGGGCUUCUAACUCCGUUGAAGUCCUGGAGGGGGUCCCUGAAGAAGAUCGAGCAAUUCAACCUUUCUUCGAUCUGCAGGACGAGCAGUCUGUCAGCACCCUCGGUUUAAUAUGGGAACCCAAAACCGACACUUUCCGUUUCAAAGUACAAUUACCUCUGCCCGCUGCUGUCCUGACAAAGCGAAACGUGAUGUCAUACAUAGCUCAAAUUUUUGAUCCGCUAGGAUUGGUGGGUCCCACCGUCAUGAAAGCCAAGCUUUUUAUGCAGUGUUUGUGGGCAUUGAAAUCGGCCAAUAAUAAACGUUACGAAUGGGAUCAACCACUGCCACAAAAACUCCAGAACGAAUGGAAACAGUUUCAUACCACCAUCGAUCUACUCCGUCAGCUUAAAAUACCACGCUUCGUUUCCCUAAUCAACGCAGUUAGCAUGGAGUUUCAUUUUUUUGCGGAUGCGUCAGAAAAAGCAUACGGGACAUGCUGCUACAUCCGUGCCAAAUCGUUGCAACAAGUCUCCGUCCAGCUCCUUGCCUCGAAAUGCAAAGUUUCGCCACUCUCCGUACGGCAUUCGAUUGCCAGGCUGGAACUUUGUGCUGCCCGAUUAUCCAUCCAACUCUACAAGAAAGUUGCUGCCGCUUUGAAGGUUUCACCAACCAGUGUCUACUUCUGGUCCGAUUCUACCACAGUUUUACAAUGGCUGCGCUCACCUCCGGGUCGUUGGAAGACCUUUGUAGCCAACCGUGUGUCCCAGAUCCAGCAAGCCACACCGAUCAGCAACUGGAAGCACAUCGCCGGUGUCGACAAUCCAGCCGAUGAUAUCUCCCGUGGUCUGAGCCCGCCAGAGAUCCUGAACAGUUUGAGGUGGUGGAAUGGAACACCGUGGCUCUCACUGCCACCCGAAAGUUGGCCCGUUGGAGCAUUGCCAACUGACGAUUCUCUAGAGACUACGAAAGAAAGCAGAAAAAUACCGAUAAUUGCGAUGACUGUCACUCAAAGCAAUUUUAACGACUUCUUGUUCAAUCGAUAUUCUGAUUACACCAAGCUCCGUCGAACUACCGCCUAUUGUCUGCGUUAUCUUCAGAAGCUGCACGACCGUGUCAUCAACCGUCGCAUCCACCAUGAAACCCGCGGUCAAUUAACGCUGAAACAAAUCGUCAUUGAUUCCACCCACGCACUAACCACCGAUGACCUGCUGAAAGCCGAAAUCGCCUUGUGUCGUAUGGCUCAACGAGAAGAUUUCCCGGAAGAAUUCAAUGACUUGACUGGGGGCGAACGAAUUGUUAAGUCGAGUGCCAUGAAGUUCUUAAGCCCUCAGUUAGACGAUACUGGAAUCAUACGUGUUGGAGGUCGCCUGAGCAACGCAAACUGCUCCGAACCGAUGAAACAUCCUAUCAUACUCCGAGCAAAACAUUCCCUGAGUGUACUUCUAGCAUCUCACUACCACAAACUCCUGUUACAUGCCGGUCCUCAACUCAUGCUUGCCAGCCUGCGUCAAAAAUUCUGGAUUCUGGGAGGCAGAAACCUGGUACGCCACACAUACCACAAAUGUCACACCUGUUUUCGCAGCAAGCCGGUGUUGAUCCAGCAGAGCACUGCCGAUCUACCAGCCUCUCGUGUCACUCCCACGCGUCCAUUUUCGGUUUGUGGCAUCGAUUAUUGUGGGCCCUUUUACAUUAAAUCGCAAGUCCGCAAGCGUGGGCCUACAAAAGUAUACGUGGCCAUCUUCAUAUGUUUUUCUACACGAGCGAUCCACAUUGAGCUCGUAAGCGACCUCUCUACUGCUGCCUUCUUGGCUGCCCUUCGCCGUCUGGUUGCUCGUCGCGGAAAGGUGAGUGAACUUCACUCCGAUAACGCAACGGCCUUCAAAGGGGCCUCCCACGCACUCAAUCGGGUUUAUCGAAUGCUCAAGGCAGAAGAAGCCGAUCGCAAUCAGAUUUUCAGCUGGUGCACCAACAAUGAGAUACGGUGGAAAUUUAUACCACCGCGCGCACCGCACUUCGGUGGACUGUGGGAAGCCGCAGUUAAAUCUGCCAAAUCCCACCUACUAAAGGAAAUGGGCAACACUACUGUCGCGUACGAGGACAUGUUGACCUUACUUGCACAGGUCGAAAUGUGCCUAAAUUCACGUCCAUUAACACCACUACCAUCCGAUGCUUCUGAUCUAGAAGCUUUGACUCCGGGGCACUUCCUAGUCGGGUCGAGUCUUCAAGCUGUUCCUGAACCAUCCAUGAAGGACGUCGCUGAGAAUCAUCUCAACCAUUGGGAACAAACACAACGGCACCUACAACGAAUCUGGGCCCGAUGGUAUCCGGAAUAUUUACAACAGCUCCAGUCCAGAGCAGCGAAGGGUUGCAAUCCGCCGGUAUCUAUCGAACCAGGCAAAAUCGUGGUCAUCAAAGAGGACAAUCUGCCACCUACACAGUGGCCCCUUGGAAAAAUCGUCGCCGUUCAUCCUGGAGCUGACGGAAUCGUCAGAGUCGUCACACUGAAAACAGCGUCCGCAGAGAACGUCGUGAGACCCGUGGCGAAAUUGGCGCUCCUACCGAUGCCAAGUGAUCCUGUUCAACGAGCUCCUGUAACACAAAAUCAUUAG